UCUGUGCGGCACCAUCUAUACUUGUUUGUUUUCCUUCCCCGCAGAUUUGUUGUUGUCAUGUGAUAAGGGCGAACUAUAUCCAGCUGUGUCUGACCUCCACAGUGUCAUGAGUUGGCGGGAGAGUAGUAUUACCAGGAGAUUACUACGGCCAAAAAUUCCCCAUUAAGCCUGAGAGGAGGUGCUUGAGAAUGGCUGGCAGGGACCACGGCGAAGUGCUAACCUGCUUCGAGGAGAUAUUUGGGUCAGUGGUGGAGCACGAGGUUAUCAAGCUAAUCCUUCAGUCAUGUGAUUGGGAUGUAACUACAGCCUCGGACACUCUGCUGGGUAUGAUUGACAAACAAAAUUUGGCUCCCCACGUACUUUCCACCCUCAACGCAGACUCCAUAGUGAGGGAACUGGCCAGGAAGCACCCCACACCCGAGGCAGAACAGGAAGGAGGCAUCCCACCAUCUGACCAUCCAGUGAACAUGACGCCAGAGGAUGAAGCUGACCAAAUCCUUCUGGCAGAUAAUUCUUCAGACACAAUAAAUAUUCAGAGUACAACAUCAGAUAGUACAAGUGACACCUUAGUAAUUACAGUACCUUCAUCAGCCAGUGCCUUCCAUGAUGGCAGUCCCUCAACAUUACAACAAACCUUAAUGGAAGAGAGGCAAGAUGCAAACAGUCCACUGAGUGCUUUCACCCUGAUUGGCGGAGAUAGUGAAACCUCCUCCCCAUCCUUUUCUCCACUCAGGCCCAAUAAGAGUGUUAAUCCAGGAAUUAAUCUGGAUUUGAAUGCCUCUGAGUGGGUCCUUGCACCUGAAUUUGUACCUAAUGCAUUUAAUUGGAAAGCUUUGGAUGUGGACAUUAAACACAGUGUGUGGCGGCAAGGAAUGAGCAGCAAGUUAAUUGAUGCCAUGCCUGCCUCUGUGUCCCAAAGCCAGCAGAGCAAGGGCAAACCUGGAAAAAAAGAAGAAAUCAUCAACAAAAUAUUACAAGGUACAAAGCUACUGGUGCUCAUGAGGGGUCUGCCAGGCUCAGGCAAAACAACACUGGCGAAAGAAAUGAAAGGUCCUACUGGUGUUGUCCUCUCCACAGAUGACUUUUUCUGUGACAAGCAUGGAAGAUAUAUUUAUGAUCCAUCUAAGAUAGGUGAGGCACAUCAGUGGAAUAAACACAGAGCAAUACAAAGACUAAAGCAGGGCAAGACUCCUAUCAUUAUUGACAACACAAAUUUGCAAGCGUGGGAAAUGAAGCCGUAUGUGCAGUUGGCCUUACAGUAUGGUUAUGAAGUAACCAUUCUGGAUGUGGGCACUCCAUGGAAACUCAACUCAAAAGAGCUUGCAAGGAAAAAUAUACAUGGAGUACCAGCAAAGAAAAUUGAAGAGAUGAAAGACAGAUAUGAGCAAAAUGUAAAACUUGAAGAUUUAAUAGCAGAUCUUCAGGGUUUAGAGGUAACCCAACAGAGCCCAAGUAGAAAUGCUCCAGCAAAAAUCAAGGAGGAUAAUGUCACAGAAAAAAGUUCAAAAGGCAUAGACAUUGCCUCCAAAUGUAGUCCUUUCAAAACAAAAAAGAAACCUGUGAUAGAUCCAAGUGCUGAGGAAAGUUUGACUGUUGAAAGUAGUGAAUUUGAUUCCUCCAUGAAGGAAGAAGAGGUUUUUGAUUCUGAUGAAGAUGUAGUUAUUGAAGGAUAUGAUGAUAAAAUUACUCCAAUAUCAAUUCACACCAGUAAAAAUGAAAUGCAAGUCUCUCACUUUGAUCAAAAUAUCAGUGUGUCAGGAGCCAAAAUUGAGGAAGCCCCACCUGAUAAUCAGAAAAACAUUAUUGACACUGCUGUGUCAGAAGAAAUAGGAAAUGAAGUAAAUGCUUUUACUGAAAACCUGGACUCUCCCAUUGAUCUCACUCUUGCAUUACAAACCAGUGACCAGAAAGAAGAGAAAAGAGAGGACCAUGCACACUGUUCGGAGCAUAAAUCAGAUAUCACUCAUGCUAAUGUGUUAGAAAGUGGAAGUGAUGCCUAUGAUGAAAUAAAAAUACAGACUCUACUAGAUGAAGCAUGUAAAAGUAUUGACUUUUCAAAGAGUGAAGAAGAAUGGGACAAUUUAACAUCUCAGAUUGCAGGUGAAGAUUUUAGUGAUGAAAAAUUUAAUGAUUUAGUGACAAGCUUUGGAUCUGCACUAAAAAAACAGAUAAAGAACAAGGGUCCCAUAGGUGUUGCUAAGACUGAAGAUAAUGUCACAUGUGACACAAUCAAUGAAGACUCUGCCAUGUAUGAUUUCUGUAGUACCAUGGAAGACAAAACAGGCCAGCCUUUGUCAGCUCUCAUCACAAAAUUAACAAAGAAUGAGGAUUCACCUGAUAUUACUUCCAUUCAUCUUAUUGGAGAAACUAAUAAUGAAUCACAAACUAACAGCCUGUCCAGAAAUUCUGUAGAUGUGAAGGAAGAAAAACAUGUCAAUAAUCCUAUUUCUGUCAAAGAUGGAAACAGUGGGCUAGGUAAUGAUAAACAGAAGCAUGAUAGUUUUGCAAAAUUAACUCCAAAUAAAAGUAAGGAGAACAGUGACAAAAAUGAACUAGAUUUAGGCAGUGAAGAAAGUACUGCAACUAACUGCUUUAUCCCAGAUGAAUCUGACAAGCCUGCUUCUGUAGAUACGACACAUUGGCAGCCAAAUAGUGAGAGUUUAACCUCUUGGGAGUGUAUUGAUGUGAAUUCAGGAUUGAAUUCUGCAAACUGGGAUUCUAAGUCAGAUAAUAUGGAAUCUGACAAGAAUGGUUCCAUACCAAAAUCAUGUAGGUCUCAGAGAAAAAGGAUGGGUGGAGACCCUUCAAAGUGGCUGAAGGAAACUGAUACAUUGAGUGAGAAUAUUAAUGACGAAGUGGCUUCCUGGGUAGCUGUUGAUGGUGGUGCCCCUGAAUGGGACAGACAUGACUCACCUCAGAAAGGCACAUCAAAAUCCUCACCUUCAAGGAAUGUGGUGACGUCCACCAAGCAUCACAUGGAUGAGGACCCACAGUCUCAUACUGGUGCUAUUUCUAAGUUAAGGAAACACAGACGGAAAAACAAUUCAUCGUCACCAAACAGUGGUGGUUGUAGGAAAGCUGAUGUCGUAUCAAUUAAUGACUGUAAUACUGUUGUAGAUUAUGAAGGAACUAAAACAUUCUUCAAAAGUGCAGAAACUCAAACUCUGUCCAUUGACUUUGAAGCUUUGGAAUUAGAUCAUAAUUUAUACGAAUUAAAAGUAAUAUUUGGACAAUCACAUUAUGUUCCUGUGACCACAGUCAGUUCCAGCUUCAGUGAAAAGGGACCUCUAACUAAAGGAGGGUUAAGACUUGACAAAGGGACAAUGACAGAUAAUCUAUAUGAAAGUUCAGUUGCAAAUUCUUUCCAAACCCUUGUUGCCUUUUUCCCAAAUAUUCCUAAGGAAGACCUUAGAGAUGUAUUUGAAAAAUGUAAACAUGACUCAGAUUGGGCCAUGAAUGUUCUUCUUGAUAGUGGCUAUGAAAUGUCUGAUCCAAGUGAUAUUACAGCAAAAGAUCUUACAGAUGCAGAUGUUGAAACAGAUUCUGUCAGUGAAACAACAAACACAGAUGAUGGAAAGAAUUAUCAUUCUUCUUCAGAUACAUAUGACAUACCGUGUGAUAGUUUCUCAGAUGAAAAGACACGAAAGAUAAAGCAAAGCCAAUUACCAGAAGAUUUAGCAAAAAAAAUUGAGAUUGAGAAAUCAUUUGGAUUCUCAGAGUCAGUAGAUGAACGUGUUUUGAGAUUGACUGGUAAGCAAUAUAGUGACCUAAAUAUGACAAAAAUAAAGAAAAGUAAAACUAGAAAGCAGCAUGGAAAAAGAAACCAUUCUCCCGCUGACAUUGAAGUUAAGGAGACUGUUGAGGAAGGGGGAGAGGGAGCACAAUAUAUAACACUAGUAAUGGACCCACUGUUUGCCUCUCAGCUGAACAUGCUGUUUGGACCUGUUGGGGAUUGUGAAAUCAGUGGUGAUUUGACUCAUGAGGAUCGUAGUGUCGUUCUUCCUCUUAAAAUUUGUGAAAUGAUACAUAAAUACUGGGCACGCACUGUAGAUGGAAAGUUCAAGCACGAAGCAGAAAUUUUGGAUAGCUUGGUACGUCAAGAUGAAAUUCUUGCACGUAAAUUGCAAGAGGAAGAGAAUGCUGCCUUUAACCUGGAUGAGAAGAGAGAUAAUGAUGUGAAUGAUAGCUUGCCAGAAGAUCAGCCAGUUUGCUUUCAAGAAAUUAUGAAUCUUGAGCAAGCAUUACAAGAAAGUCUUUCUGACAGGACACACGAAGACACAUCUAUUUCAUCUCAACUUAACCUCAAGCGUUUGUAUAAAGAAUAUCCUCAUGUAGAUCCUGUUGCUCUUAAAGAAGAAUACACCAGAAGUGGCUGCAAGUAUUCUAUUACUGUUGAACGACUCAACCAGCGAUAUGGCAAGGAGCAAGGGACACCCAAAACUGUUAUUGCACCAGAAGCACUGAGCAGAUAUGAGCAAGAAAUGAUUGAGAGAGCUCAGCAGAGUAGCUUGGAGGAACAAGAGCAGGUGAUGUCUUCCAAGCAACACAUUGAAAUAGUUCCAGAUGAUCCACAGAUAUAUCGAGAUGAAGCUCAGUCCCAUUAUCAUCAGCGUCAAGAAGCUUUCCAAAAAGCACAGGAAGCCUUUCGACGAGGAAUGAAAACAGCAGCUGCCUAUUAUGCUCAUAUUGGAAACUUACACUCAGAAAAACUGCGUGAGGCCAAUCAGCGAGCAUCUGAGAAAAUAUUAGAAGCUCAAAAUGCACACAGAAAGGAUGCCAAUUGUCUAGACCUUCACCUUUUACAUGUUCCCGAGGCAAUAAGUGCAACUCAGGCAUUUCUCCAUGAAAGGCAAAGAGUCUUGAUUGCUCGAGGGAUAAGACAAAUGGAAGUGUCUCUCAUAACAGGUCGUGGUGCUCACAGUGCAGGAGGACAAGCUGUACUGAAACCUUCUAUCAAGGAACAUCUGCAAAAACAUGGCUAUUCAUUCUAUGAAGCCAAUAGUGGAAUGCUAAGAGUUGUUUUACGCUCAAAACCAUCAUAAAAUAAGGAACAUUUUUACAUAUUCAUCUUAUGAUAAAAACAAUUCACACCUAAGAACACUGAUACAAAACUUUUUACCACUUUGUAAUCAUUACUUAUGCUGAAUUUUUUUUUAUCUGAUUCCAUGGAAUCACAAUAUUUCAUCAUAUUUUUUAUGUGAUUGUCAGUAUUUACUGAGCCAGGAGUAAAUUUCAGUAUUAUAUAUAUAUAUAUAUAUAUAUAUAUAUAUAUAUAUAUAUAUAUAUAUAUAUAUAUAUAUAUAUAUAUAUAUAUAUAUAUAUAUAUAUAUAUAUAUAUAUAUAUAUGAAAACCUGAUAUGCAAUAUUUGUACAACUACAUUUGUGUUGUGAAUUUUAAUAUUUUGUAACAGAAACAUUUCUUUCUUGUAUAUUUGAUAAUGAAAUUGUAUUGAUUAUUGUUAAAAUUAUGAAAUUUUAUUAAUCAUUAUCGUAAAUAUACAAAGCAUCUGCAGUUUUCUUAUUGUCAUGAUAAUUUCAUCAUAUUUAAAUCUUUCACAUUAAUAAACAGAAAUUUCAUAUGUAAUCAUAAAAUGACAUACAGUAUGUUCAUGUGUGAUAUACAUGUUAUCUUGCUUGUUACUUCAUUGUAUUGUGUGUGUGAUAAUGUAUUUUUUGUAUGGAAAACUUGCUCAACAAUGUUCCUUUUUUAAGAGUAUUAAUGUUAAAGUACUGUAACAGCAGUACAAAUGAGUACAAACUAUUUUUUUAACGAAAUUAAGAAGUUUGUACAAAGGAAUAUUUAUCUUGUUGCUGUCAUAAAUAAAACACAGUGGUGUAUUGUUAGUUAUUGUGUGUGUGUGUGUGUGUGUGUGUGUGUGUGUGUGUGUGUGUGUGUGUGUGUGUGUGUGUGUGUGUGUGUGUGUGUACUAGUUUUUCUUUUUUAACAGUCUGAGCUACAUUGAUGUGAAUUUGUCUUUGUCUAUAUAUUUUGUAUUUUCUUUCUUCAGUUGAUGUUCAUUUCUUGCCAAAAUCAGUUCUAGAUAUGUUUCUCUCUCUCUCUCUCUCUCUCUCUCUCUCUCUCUCUCUCUCUCUCUCUCUCUCUCUCUCUCUCUCUCUCUCUCUCUCUCUCUCUCUCUCUCUCUCUCUCUCUCUCUCUCUCCUAUUAUUAUAGACAGGUAUAUUUUUAUUGAUCUUUCUUCAUGGUCUUCCACUUUGCUACUAUUUUUGUUGCCAUUCUUUGUAUCUUGAUCUUUCCUUCACAAUCCUCAGCUAGAGGACUCAAACAUGUGCCCUCUCAGUUCUAAGCUGAGAACACUAAAUGAUACACCACUGGGAUGCUAAAUAACUCAACAUCUUAUUUAUAUGUUUGUUUAGUCAUGAGUAAUCAUAUAUUAUUCUAAAAUCUCCAUGCACUCCAAACUUGUGUAUAUGUCUAUGUGGGUUUUCUUCCACUUUGACACAUUUUUAGUCUCAUGAUAUUUGCAUAUAUUACUCCAUUCAUGUACUAUAUCUUAUAUCUUAUUUAAAUAAUUCUGCUGAUCAUUGCAAACUUUGUGUGUGUGUGUGUGAUUGGAAUGAAAGUGAUCCCUAAAUAUUGGUGUUGCCAGUAUAUAAGUUUAGGUAAAAUACAGAAGUAUUUUACUAGUAUCUUACUAGGAGCUUGUUAUUGCCAUGCACAAAGGAAUUUUUAAGUCUAUAUUGAUACCAGUAUCUGUGAUGGUCUCCCUUUGGAAUUGUAUAAUUUUGAUAUUAUAUUAAAUUGUAUGACUAUGUUCUUAUUUUGUCUAUGUUUAUGAUAAUUAUACAUACGCAACAGUAAAUUUUAAUAAGUCCAAAUAUGAAAAGGUAUAUUUCAGUACUGAAAAUUAUUUUUUUAUCAGUAUUUGUGAUAACAUACAGUAUCAAAUCUAAUAAGACCUCAGUAUUAUAACUGAAUGUGGUGUUUGAUUAUUUGCCAGUGAAAUAAAAGAUGCAAAUAAUAUGUUAGUAUAUUGUAAAGAUAAAAAAUUUAAAAAUGAAAUUUUUUAUUGUUAACAUAAUUAAAAUUGGCAAACUUAAGUAAUGGAAUACAUAGAUUCAGCAAAUUCCCAUACUAAUAAAGAGAAUGAGGGCAUAUAUGACAGCAAACUAGUGUACUUUACUAUACUUUGUGAAAAGUGUUAGAAACUAUUGAAAAUUCCAAGGUUCCGUCCAUUUCAGUUUCCAUGUCAAAACUCCUUAAAGCCUGCCAUACACACGCUCUUGUAACUGACAGUUCGACUAACAAAACUAUACUGAACGAGUUUUUUUCAAGCCAAUUUGAGCAUGAAGGGGGUAUUUUGCAUGAAUGGCAGGCCAGAAAUAUGGUCUGAUGAACUGAAGUACCUUGAAAAACUGGCCCUUCAGUUCUCACUAAUGGAAGGCCAGUUUGCAUGUGUAUGGGGUGGUCUGCAGUCCAAGUGUCCGUUUACACCAAGUGUCAUGUUAUAUACAAGCAGAGGUGUGCUUGCAAUAGCGAUGUUUAGGGAUGACAAAAUUUCUGAAGUGAAUUCAUAGACAUUUACAGGGAAUACCUAUACCUAUGGAAAGUUAAGAGUAAUGAAUAUUUUGACCGAUACAAAAAAUCAACAACAUAUUAAAAUUUCCCUCUGCAGCAGCCAUUUCUUGCACCAUCUUCCCCCCUCUAUAAGUGUCAGCACCCCAGGUAUGAUGAGAAGCACAGUCAUCAGGUGUUGGGGAGGAAAUAUGGUUGCCAAGAUGCUGAUUGGGCACUGACUAAGGAUAAAAUGGAGGACAACUUAAUAAUGUGUAGGCACACAUGGCAGUUUUCAAGCCCAUCAGUUCAAUUGGGCUGUCAGUUGAAGCUGGGAGUGUAUAAUAGCCUUAAGAGGUUUUAUUAACAUUCAAAGUACAGUUUUGAUCCAUCUAUGCUUUUAUAUAUAUAUAUAUAUAUAUAUAUAUAUAUAUAUAUAUAUAUAUAUAUAUAUAUAUAUAUAUAUAUAUAUAUAUAUAUAUAUAUAUAUAUAUAUAUAUAUAUAUAUAUAUAUUUAAAACUGAAUAACCAUCUCCCUCAGUUAAAAUUAUUAGUCAAGACUUGAUAUCUCAUAUUUUGCUUCAUUGUCUUUUUAGUGAUGCAUAUCACAUUCUUACUGUUCUUUUUCCCAUCUCAUUCCCUGGUCACUAAUGUCAGUGAUUUUCUAAGUAAAUACACUUGUGUAAUUUUCCUUUACCAUUUUUUGUCUCUUCCUUACUGUCAUGUGGCCUUUAAUGCAUAGGUGCUAUAGUCUAGAGUUUCAUAUAGUAUUCAGCUAAUUAGUAUAUCCCCAUAUUUUCAAAUGAAAAAAAAUAAAAAAACAAAAUAAUAAUUAAUUUGUCAAUCUGACAGCUGAUGCAUUUGAGUCACAACUUUCACAUCCAAUAUGCGCUAGACUACUCACACCAAUUUUAUUAUAUUUUUAUUUAAUUAAUUAUUAUUAUUUUCUUUUCUAUUUACAUUUUAUUAUUUAAUUUUCAUUAAUUAAUUAAUUUUAUUUUUUAAAUUUUUUGUAAUGUAUAAUUUCUGCAUGCCAGACACCUAAGGUAAUACUGCCCAUAAAAUAUCAUAUGGUAAUUUGUUGUAUGAUUAGAUGUAUUGUAUGUGCUUUUGUAAAACUGUCUAGUUGACAUGAUAUGAGUUGACACCAUAAUAGCCCAUAUUUUAAAUACAGUGCCUGGGAAAAAAAAAAAAAAAAAAAAGGAAAAAGAAAUGUAAUUGAAAGUUCUCUAUUUUUUAGUACUUUUACUGUAAAGUAACUUUCAGCUUCUUUUUAUGUAAAGGUAUUUUACACCUAAUAAUGUAAUAUAUGAAAUACCAGAAACUUUGACAUAACCAAGCUGUCAUUCUCUGAUAUUUGUGAGGAAAAUAUAUCCUACUCAAGGUAUAAGUGACCACAUAUUACAUAAUGGAAUAUUAUUUAUUGCAGCUCUGUAAUGCAGUGACUAGUGUGCUUAGUUGCAAACCUGCAAGCUUGUGCAGUCAGCACAGCUUGCACUGCUUGCUUGUGCAGUCAGCACAGCUUGCCCAACUGUUCGCCCUUCCUUUAGAUUAGUCAAUAAAUAAGUACUUGGGGAAACCUGGGGAAUGUAAACUGUGGAAACCUGAAUGUCAAGGUGGCCCUGUGAAGCCCCUUACAGGGAUGUUAUCUACAAGCUUUAUGGCCAAUGAAGUGGAGAUGGUCACAAAGGCCAGCAGCAGUUUUAGUUUAUGCACCCAGCUUUAUCAUUUAAUACUUAUGACUAGUUGUAAACCUGUAUAUAUUUUAAACUGGGAUCAAUAUUGACUAACAAACCUUUAAUGAAAAAGGAAAAUUAGUUUUACUUAAUAACAAGAUGUCCAUAGGCAACAAGCAAAUUUCAUCUAAUUUUGUUACUUUAGUACAGGAAUACUGCUACACCUGGGAAUCAAUGCCUGGUGAUACAAAUGCUAAAGAAAAGUCAAAUCAAAGCACUUGCAUAUAGGAAAACAAAAUGAACAGUAAAAUGUUAGUUGCUUUCAAUAUUAUGGACCUACAUUUAUAAGUAUAAAAGACAAAAAGACAGUCAUAUAAAUGAAUUAUUAUAAGUACUUAAGUGAUUAUGUGUUUGAAUUAUUUAAAGUUAGAGUCAGAAGUAUUAUGCUUGAUCCAAACAACUUAUGUAUUUGGUUGAAAUAUUAAAUACAAUUUAGCUUCAGAAUUUCUCCUGCCAUAUAUCCCUUGAUUUAGUAAAUAAAUGUGAACUCCUG